AUGGACGAAACGGGCGACGAGAUAGAUGAGGACUUCACAUGCGAUAGAGCGAUACCCGAAAACGAUGAAGCGAACGAUGCUUGUAUGAGCGAGAUAACGACAGCCGAAAUACUCUCGGCAAUAGAACUAGCGCUCCGAGAAAAUCCCCAAGCAAUGGAACAGCUAAUAGGCACGAUACGAAACGUACAAGUGAAUCAGCCUGUAGCACCAGCGGCUGGAUAUACUGCCGCAUCGUCUGUACCUCGUCCGCCUCUGUUGGAGUUGGAGGGUGACAUGGAGAGGAACUACAAUUUUUUCGAAAUGAAUUGGAAAACCUAUGCCAGUGCGGUCGGCAUGGAUGAAUGGCCUGUGACACAGAACAAGCAGAAAACAAGCAUUUUGUUAUCCGUUGUUGGAAAAGACGCGUUGAAAAAAUAUUUUAAUUUUGAACUAAACGAUGAGCAGCAAAACGACCCAAAUCUCGCAUUGGCGGCAAUUAAGCUUAAAGUUGUACGGGAACGAAACAAGUUUGUCGAUUGGUUUGAUUUUUUUUCGUUGUUGCAAGACGCCGCUGAGAGCAUUGAUAAUUAUUUAUGCCGUUUGAAAUCGCUUGCAAAGUUAUGUAAAUUCGGUGUGUUAGAAGAAGACAUGAUCAAAUACAAGCUAGCUACAUCGAUCAAGUGCUUGAAGCUUCGAUCGAAGUUGAUCACUACCCAAAACUUGACGGAAGCAAGUGCUAUGAAUUUAUGUCGUGCUGAGGAAAUCACAGAAAGGCAUCCGGCUACCGUGGGUCAAUCAAGUGUAGAGGUUAAUAUGGUGAAGAAAGAAAAAAUGAAGUGCAAAUUCUGUGGUGGUAGGCACGAUUUUACUAAAGGUGUUUGCCCGGCACUAGGGAAAAGGUGCAACCGAUGUGGUGGAAAAAACCACUUUGAAAAAGUGUGCAGAGCUGAGCGAAAGAAGCAGUUUAAGAAGAAGCUCCGUGUUAAGAAAGUGGAUGAAGAUAGCAGCUCCGGCAGUGAAUCGCCAGAAAGUAGUGGAAAUGAAAACACUGAAUUAGACUAUGGUGAAGAUGUGUCUAUCGGUAAAAUCAUCGACAGGUCCGGCAGUGGCGGACAUGUUUUAGCGGAUUUGGAUUUAUUCCUUGCUGGCAAAUGGCAGGUAGUACAAUGCGAAUUGGAUACUGGCGCGAAUACAAGCCUUGUGGGACACGAUUGGUUGGAAAAGAUGACCGAAAACAGCAAAAUCGAGUUGUUACCAUCCACGUAUCGCCUGCAAGGUUUCGGUGGCAGCAACAUUCCAGUUAUUGGGCAGGUGAAAAUUCCAUGUCAGAGAAAAGGUCGUAAGUAUAACCUUGUUUUACAAGUAGUUGAUGUCAGCCAUGGACCACUUCUAUCGGCAAAUGUUUGCCGCAUACUGGGUUUUGUAAAGUUUUGUAAUACGGUGAAGUUCACGGCGCCAAAAUCAGAACAAGAACUGUUGAACAUUUACCGUGUGAAAGCUCAGGAUAUCGUUAAGCAACACGAAGAGGUUUUUCAAGGUAUCGGCAAAUUCUCUGGAACCGUCUCUCUGGAGGUAAGCCCAGACAUUACACCUUCGAUACAACCUCCUCGAAGAGUGCCAAUUGCGAUGAGAGAAAAGCUGAAAGAGGAGCUAAAGAACCUCGAGUGCGAUGGGGUAAUUGUGAAGGAGACUCAACACACCGACUGGGUCAGCAACAUCGUUUUGGUGAAACGCAAGGAGCAGAAGUCAGAGUCCGUUCGGAUUUGUCUCGAUCCGAUUCCACUAAACAAAGCGCUUAAACGUCCCCAUCUUCAGUUCACUACCAUCGAUGAAAUUUUACCUGAGUUGGGAAAGGCAAAGGUAUUCUCAACAGCGGAUGCUCGUAAAGGGUUCUGGCACGUGGUACUGGACGAACGUAGUAGCCGGUUGACGACCUUUUGGACUCCGUUUGGUCGCUACAGGUGGACUCGCCUACCUUUUGGAAUCGCUCCUGCUCCGGAUAUUUUCCAAAUGAAGCUACUGGAAGUGAUUGAAGGGCUACAUGGAGUAGAAUGCAUUGCCGAUGAUUUGCUGAUUUAUGGAAUCGGUGACACGCUGGAGGAAGCUUUGGAGAACCACAAUGUCUGCUUGGAGAAGUUGUUGGUUCGCUUAGAGAAGUGCAACGUGAAGCUGAACCUGAGCAAGCUUAAGUUAUUUGAAACGUCGGUAAAAUUCUAUGGGCACAUGUUGACAAACAAAGGAAUCCAACCAGAUGAGAGUAAAGUGACAGCCAUAAAAAAAUUUCCGCGACCAGCAGACCGAAAGCAACUUCAGAGAUUCAUUGGCAUGGUAAAUUACCUAAGCCGUUUCAUUCCGAAUCUUAGCGCAAAUUUUACAAUUCUUCGGCGUUUGAUUUCGGAAAAAGAGGCUUGGAUAUGGUCGGAAAAGGAAGACGAAGAAUUUGAUCGUGUGAAACGGUUAGUAGCAGACACGGGCACACUGCAGUACUACAAUAAAAAAAAUUAUGCGCAGAUCGAAAAGGAACUACUUGCCAUCCUUUUCGCUUGUGUACGUUUUGAUCAACUUAUUGUUGGAAACCCUAAAACUACCAUCAAAACUGAUCACAAACCGUUAGUCAACGUGUUCCAGAAACCAUUACUCUCUGCACCGCGACGUCUUCAGCACAUGUUGCUAAACCUACAGCGCUAUCGAUUAACAAUAGAGUUUGUGACUGGGAAGGAAAAUGUGGUGGCUGACGCGAUAUCCAGAGCACCAUCCUAUGAAAAUCGAGCUGAUGAUAGUUUCGAUAAGCGAAACAUCUUUCGUGUAUUUCGUGAAAUUGAGCAAGUGAGCCUAUCAAGUUUCCUGGAAGUCAAAGAUGAGCAGCUGAACGAGAUCAUCGGGGAGACAAAAGCAGAUCCGUCUUUACAGCUUCUGGUGCGAUUCGUUCAGGAUGGUUGGCCGUCAUCCGUUGAUAAAGUGCCAGACAGUGCAAAAGUGUUUUUUAAAUACAGAAAUGAGCUCAGCACUCAAGAUGGAAUCGUCUAUCGCAACGACAGAAUUGUGGUACCAUAUUCGCUACGUCGGAAGUUAACUGAAAAAGUCCAUGUAAGCCACAAUGGUAUAGAAGCGACUCUCAAAUUGGCACGGGCGAAUCUCUUUUGGCCUGGAAUGAGUGCCCAGAUCAAGGAAGUAGUUUCUCAAUGCAGCGUUUGCGCCAAAUUUGGUUCGUCUCAAUCGCCAGCACCGAUGCAAAGCCACCCUAUCCCUGUGUACCCAUUCCAAUUGGUCUCAAUGGACAUUUUCUUCGCGGAAUACCAGGGAAAGAAUCGUAAAUGGCUAGUUACCGUGGACCACUUCUCAGACUUCUUUGAAGUUGACCAACUGAAAGAUUUAACCCCAAAGUCAACAAUUGCUGUGUGCAAAUCUAAUUUCUCACGACAUGGUAAACCACAGCAGGUCAUUUCAGACAAUGGAACAAAUUUUGUCAACAGAGAGUGGAAACAGUUCGCGAGAGAUUGGAACUUUUACCAUACUACAUCUGCACCACAUCAUCAACAAGCCAAUGGAAAAGCUGAAGCAGCAGUGAAAAUAGCAAAACGAUUAUUGAAGAAGGCAGAGGAAGCGCAAAGCGAUUUUUGGUACGCGUUGUUGCACUGGAGAAAUGUACCUAACAAAAUUGGUUCCAGCCCUGCUACACGAUUAUUCUCCCGCAACACACGCUGUGGCAUACCUACGUCUGCCAACAAUCUGAUGCCAAAGCUGGUAGCAGGAGUGCCACAAGCGAUCGAAGAGAGAAGACGGAAGACUAAACUUCAAUAUGAUCGGAAAACAAAAAAUCUUCCUCAAUUAGAGACAGGGUCUCCGGUAUACGUGCAGCUAAAUCCAGAGAUAUCCAAGCGGUGGACACCUGCCAUGAUUAGUAACAAGUUGAACGAACGGUCAUAUGUUAUUGAUGUAAACGGUGCUCAAUAUCGACGUGAUUUAGUGAACUUGAAACCACGUAACGAACCUCAAACGCCAAAAGUUAUUCCUGAUCCAGCCACUAUUCCUAACGUCGAGCCACUUGCUGCAGAGAAGUCAUUCAACGAGCCAUCGUUCUCGACAGUUACUGAGAAUACAAUUCCAAAUCGAACAUCAAUUCCCAGUAUACCUGAUGCUAUAUUUCUGGAAGAAACUAGAACACCAAAACCGAUGAAAACUCCCAGAAUAUACAGACCAUCCAGCGAUCCAGUAAUCGAAGAAGAUAAAUAUACUAGAUCCAAGCGAAGUGUCAAACUUCCGAUUCGUUUCAAAGAUUACUGUCUUGAUUAG